CCUUCCUGCUGGGACCGAACGCCGACCCGGCCAUGGCGCUGCUGGCCGAGCAUCUGCUGAAGCCGCUGCCGGCGGACAAGCAGAUCGAGACGGGACCCUUCCUGGACGCCGUGGCUCACCUGCCGCCCUUCUUCGACUGCUUUGGCUCGCCUGUGUUCACCCCGAUCAAAGCGGAUAUCAGCGGAAACAUCAAGACAAUCCGAGCUGUUUACGACAAAAACCCCACCAAGUUCCGAACGCUGCAGAACAUCUUAGAGGUCGAGAAGGAGAUGUAUGGGCCCGAGUGGCCAAAGGUCGGGGCCACGCUGGCACUGAUGUGGUUGAAAAGAGGCCUGAGGUUCGUGCAGGUGCUGCUGCAGAGCAUCUGUGACGGGGAGCGGGACGAGAGCCGGCCCAACCUUAUCAGGGUCAACGUCACCAAAGCCUACGAGAUGGCGCUGAAGAAGUACCACGGCUGGCUGGUGCAGAAGAUCUUCCAGGGAGCUCUGUACGCCGCCCCGUACAAGUCUGACUUCCUCAAGGCCCUCUCCAAAGGACAGGACGUCCCAGAAGACCAGUGCUUGGAGAAGGUCCGCCUGUUUCUGGUGAAUUUCACGGCCACCAUCGACAUCAUUUAUGAAAUGUACACGAAGAUGAACGCAGAGCUCAAUUACAAGGUGUAGCCGCGGCCCGGGGCUCCCCUGACUGGCGCCAUCCCUGAGCCCCCCUAUUCUCUAAAAGUACCCAAAUCACUGUGAAAUGAAUUCAGAGACUGCUGUCUUUCAGCAACUUAGCAAACAUCUCUGGAGUUUUAGGGGACAGCCUGUUUUUAAAUAUAUAUACAUAUAUAUUAUAUUAAAUUAUAUAUACAAUUUUAAGAGGUUUUCUAUACAAACAGAGCAAUAAGAUUUAACCAUCCCAUUUCCACUUUGCCUUAGAAUUUCAGGAGGUCUAGACCGUCUUCAUAAAUACCUUUGAGCAUGAUCUAGCUGAUUAACGUUUCUAAUCAAUCAAGUCCUAGGUAUUUUUGUUUUAUUUUAUUAUUAUUAUUUUGCAGAGUGUGUGACUCUGGGGAAACAAUGUACAAUUAGGGAGAAAAUAAGCACGUAGAACUUGUGAGCUCACUUUUAAAAGUGAGGCACAUGCUCCCUGGUCUUGCUGUGGCUUGUGUAUUUUUAAAUACGGUAAUGAAAUGUGAUUUGAAAUUGUGUGGCAUUUUUUAAAAAAGUGUGUUAUGUCCCUCUUCCUGGCAUCUUCUGCUGCUGUCCUUCUGACUUCAGGCCAGAUGUUUUUAAACCUCCAGCAAAACCCAGAAGCCUCUGACUCGAACCCAGGGACGCUCACUUUGAUAAUGGCCAGGCUGUCUUCUAAAGGGCCAUGCUCUGCUUUCCUCUGGAUCACUCUUCCCUUCAGGGACAGUAUUUCCAGCCUAGUCUUGUGAUUUGUAUUAUCUCAGAGGGAUUCGGUGAGAGACCUCGGGGUGUUGCUGAGACUAAGAGCACCCCCUCCCACCCCCUCUUCUGCCUUAAUGGUGGCUCUUGGGAGCUGCUAAGCCGGGAUCUAGAAUCACUUUGGUCUUGAGUGAAUUUCUGUGCUAUACUCGGGGAGACUUUGGGGGAGGGAGGGACUUUGAUGCAAAAAACAAAAACAACCGGAAUAAUCCUUAUUAAAGCUCUAUUUUGAAAUCAC